CAUCGCUGUUCCGUUGUGCUGUUAAAAUCAACGUUGACAGAUCGAGCUGCCAUGCAUUGGCACAGAGGAACGCUGCUCAUGUCAGAUUUGGACGGUCCCCAUGAACUUAACUUUGAGUGCCUCCGACCUGGCACCUCUGGUUACCAUGGUGACAGGGACGCUGCCGCCUGCUCCGGAGGUGGGUCACCUCUUCAUCACUGGCGAUUAUUACGACCCUCAGCCACAAAAAAAAGACCUUCACCACAAUCUGUGUGAUGUGUCCCGAGGGGCGGCAGGCAUGACCAUGAAUGAGCUGGACGUGCAGGCCCUGGCUACCCUCCUCCACCCCCCACAAGCCGAGGACAGUGAUGACAAUGACUACAAACCCCAAAAAAGCAUUACUCCUGCUGACCUGGGGUCCAAUAUCCAUAAAGCAGGGCAGAGUGGAUGCUCCAUGCAACCUGUAAAUGACACACUCAAGGCUUCCUCCAUGCCAGACGCAUGGAUGGGGAAAGUUGAUCAAGAUGUGGUUGAUGACCCUCGUCCUGAGCCACAUUAUGAAGUGACCUUCCGGGAACGAGUUACUCCAAGCAGCGUGUAUCUGCCUAUCAGCAUGGGACAGGCAGGUGAGGAGGACGUGGUGGUUCGAAUUGGGUUACCUGGGGAGCUGCUGAUUGAGGUCACUUUGGAGGUUACAACCACCACCUUGAACUUGACCUCCCCUAACUAUUACCUACACCUAACACUACCUCGCCCUGUGAACCAGCGCAAGGGAGUGGCAACCUGGGAUCCAACUACACAUACUCUUGUGGUAACUCUCCCAACAGCUAACCCCGGGACACUCCUUCAAGCAGCUAUAAAGUGAGUGCUCCCUGAUGCUAAUCCCACAGUCAAUAAACAUGUGUUCAUCAGCAUAGUUACCAUUACUACAGCAUUGCCAGUUUUCAUAAAAAUACAAGAAAACAUACAAUAUAGAAUUAUUAUGUAAAAAUAAUACGAACAGCUAUGUCCAAACCAUACUAUAUGGUUGACUCAGUGUGUAGAAAGUAGUGGAAUAUAUUUGAAGAUGCAAGAGAGGAAAGAUCGGGUAGAAUGUUGAUAGGAAUAAGGUAGUGGUUUGUGAGAAGAGCAUGAUCAAGUAAGCAAUGAGAAUGAGCAUAGGUGUGCCACGAAAGAAAGUGCUGGAAGCAUCAGUUGGGGUGAAACAUGAUACGCUGAGGUAGUUUUGGCAUGCAAUAUGAGUGCAAAACAGCGGCCUUCUGAGCCAACAAGAUGGGAUGAGGUGAGUAAUGAGUACAGGUGUGCCAUGCAAUGUAGGCACUCAGAAGAACAACACAAAGUGUUGGAUUAGAUAUUAUAGUAACCAUUAAACUCAACAAAUUGAGAAAACUCCAAUGAAGAAUGGCAUUAGGCAAGGUGACACAAUAUCUCUAGAAUUAUUCACAGCUUGUUUAGAAGUAUUUAAGAAAUUAGUGGGAUAACAUAGGUGUGAAGAUAGAUAAUAUUGUCUUACUAAGUGAAUCUGAGGAAAGCUUUGACAGUAGGUUUGAAUAUGAAGAAACCAAAGAUAAUGUUUAAUUGAUAAUCAUUAUGGUGUUUUCCUAGUAGUGUGCAUUUGUAUGUGUAUGCUUUUACAAGCUUAUUGUAUUAAUGCAAAAUUUCAUGUGUUACUAUUGUAUACUGAUAGAGAUUCUUGUUAGCUGAAAAGAUAUAAAUGUUGCUUUAUAUGAAUAUGUAUAUUUGAUGUUGGCUUUAUGUAUAUUUAUGAAAUGCAAUGUUAAGUUGUGGCA